GUUCAACUUCCAGGUGCAAGCUUGGGGAUGGUCGCCUUGAGUUUGAGCUGGCUUUGAUUCUUGAGGCUACAAUCUUCUGUCCAAUGCUGUCUACGCGUCAAGGUUGAGCUGAUUUCCUCUUGUUCUGACAAGGGAGAAAGGGCUUCUCAAUGCCGUCCAUUUAGCAAGGCUCAGUUUUCUGCUGAAAAGGUGGGCUUACUUGAGCGGCGUGACAGGAUCGAGCAAAGCACACAGGUCCAAUGCAAAAAGAAAGGGGCUGUCGAAAGUGAGCUGGAUUGAAAGACUUGUAAAGCUGGGGGAGUGGAUUGUGCUACAAAAAUGAACGGCUUUCUAGAAGAGGAUGAUUUCACCAUGUCCCAGCAAGCGAACCGCCCGCUGGUGCAGGCGCACAGAACCGCACGAACAAAAGAGAUUCAUGACAAUGUGCACGGAACAAUAUCUUUAGAUCCGGUGGCCCUCCAGAUCAUUGACACACCACCAUUCCAACGGUUGAGAGACAUCAAGCAACUAGGUUGCUGCAGCUUCGUGUUCCCGGGAGCUAUUCACACCCGCUUUGAACACUCGCUUGGAACAUACAAGUUAGCCGGGGACGUGUAUGAACAUCUGAGCCAUUUCCAGCAAGCAGAGCUUGAUCUGACUGAAUUCGACAGAAGCGCCCUGAUGCUAGCAGGACUCUGCCACGACUUGGGUCAUGGACCAUUCUCUCAUGUGUUUGACAACGAGAUCCUCUCCAAGAUUCCAGCCCUUGAAGAUUGGAAGCACGAGCACAUGUCCACCAAGAUGCUGGAUUAUAUCGUGGAAACUUACAAUGUCGACAUCCCUCCGGCUCUUCUGAAGCGUGUGAAGGAUCUUAUUCUUGGGACGGUAGUCCUUCCUGAUGAGCACGAUAACAAGCGGUUCCUCUUCGACGUCGUUGCAAACGUCCGGAACAGCAUUGACGUAGAUAAGUUUGACUACAUAGCCCGGGACUGUAGAAACAGUGGGGUCGAGUCAGGUUACUCAUAUGAGAGGCUCAUUAUGGGCAUGAAGGUGAUUGACAACGAGAUAUGCUUCAGGCAGAAACAAUGUGACAACUUGUACCACCUGUUCGCGACAAGAGCACGGCUUUACAGGACUGUAUAUACCCAUGACAAGGUCAAGGCUGUCGAAGCCAUGAUCACGGAUGCUCUGUCUCUGGCAGACCCUUACCUGAAGUUCACGGAGACUGUCAACGACCCCGCAACCUACUGGAAGCUCGACGAUACGAUCUUGAAGAAGAUCGAGGUUUCCGACGCACCCGAGCUCGCAGCCUCACGGAAGAUCAUUGAAAGGCUGCGGAAGAGGGAUCUUUACCGCUACUGUGCUUCGUACGUCAAGCCCAAGGACUGCCCCAGGAAGAGCGAGAAAGUCACACCGGCCCACAUUGCGGCGAUAUCAAAAGGUGCACUGCUGCCAGACGACAUUGCAGUCGCCAACGUGAAGAUCAACUACGCUCUGGGAGACAAGAACCCUGUGGACAACGUCCACUUCUUCGACCGGUUCGACUCAACGGAGAAGUACCUCAUGCUGAAGCACAAAGUCUCCCACCUGCUCCCCGAGGUCUUUGAGGAGCACAUCGUGAAGGUGUACGCCAAGGACCCUGCGAAGGCUGACAAAGUAAGAGAGGCCUUUGAGGAAUACCAGAGGCACUCAUAUGACGGGGCUGUGCACAGCACCCCCGCCAAGCCCAAGAAGCGCCACCGAUCAAGGUCCCCUACAGAACCAAAAAAGUUGAUUCUAUAGGACCACCAUGAUAGCUACAUGCGUCCUUCGAAGAGAGUCUCAUGUGUCUGCAUUCAUAGCAACCCCUCCA